AUGUCAGCUGCGGGAUCGCGUGAGGAGAUGUUGGAGGCGCUGCAGAAGGCGAAGCAGGCGAUGGCGCGUCGCGUCCCGGUAGUGACGCUACAAGAGACGCCUUCAGAGGGCGGUGAGCUGCAGUUGCAGGACGCAGAGACGCAGCCGUCUUUUUCUCGGCCGCGGCCACACGUUCCUUCCGAGGCGAAAACCAACAGAAGUCACUUUUUUGACACGUGGUGCCGCAAGAUUGAAAUGUUUGUUGCGGACCCCACGAAGACGGUGUUGGAGUUGCCGAAUGAUUUGGCAGCGAACGACCGCCGCGAGCUUCACAGCCUGGCAGAAAAGUAUAACCUCAGCCACCAGUCCCGUGGGUCGGGGGCCACGCGGCAGCUAGUGCUGAAGAAAGAUGCUCUUCACUACAGAAUGCCGGACGCACGUCCCGAUAACAUUGAGACAAUUAAGCAGAAUGCCGGAAGCAAACAGUCCAAAUUUCAUCUGCGUCGGUUCGUGCAAGACCCAGACGCGGCGGUCGGUUCGAUUGGGGCAUUUGCGGACGAGGCGACGGCAAACAUGGUCCGCCGCUUGGACAGAGCAACCGAUGAGUAUCGCAGGGCGGUGGAAUUGGGCUACUCGCAAGAAGAACUUCUUGCAAUAGAGGCGGGAGAAAGCGUGGAAGAAAUUUUGCGUCGUGGUGGCGAUGGGAGACUGCUACUCCCAUCGGCUGUGGAGCAAGCCAGUGGCGAUGUUGGUUCUGUUCCAUCUGUGGCCACGCACGGUGGCAACGAGGCUCUUCACGGCGUUCCUCCAGAUAACCGUAAAGGAAAGAUUUAUGAAGAGGUUUGCCUUCGUUGUGGAACACGCGCACAUGUUGACUAUGAUGUUCAGAAGUGGGAGUGCAACGGCUACUGCGCCCAGUGUGCCACGCAGACCAUAUGGAAGCUGGUGGAGCUGGACGGGGUGAAGGAGGAACUGGUCCAUCCUUCCUUCAAGAGAGAUCGGAAGCGAAACUUCCAGGAGAUGGAAAUGGAGGCAGCACCGGCAAUGCGAGAGCCGGAGGAGAUUGAUAAGGACAAUGACGAGGAUGACACAAUCACCGUGGAGGAUGUAGUUGACAUGGCAAGUAUGAAUGACUUCUGUGCCGCGGAUGUCAACUGGAUUCGUAGUUUUGCGACGCAUCACCAGCCACGGGGCAGCGGGAAUAUUCUUAGUGCGCACAUUGUGUUUUGUAUUGAGUUUGAGGAUCUUUUUAGCAUGCGCAUUUUCCGUGACUUUUUGUCAUUGGAGGACAAAAAACAUGCCAUGAAGGAGCGAAAGCGUACGAGAGAAGAAAGCAAUGCGGCGGAUCAGAAAGACAAGGGUCACUGUGGGUGGUUUCUGCGCCUUUGUGAGGUCAAAGAGACCGGUGUGCCCCUGUCAACACUGCUUGAGGAAAUCAGCUUGUGUAUUCCUGAGCGAUACGAUUGUCUUGCCGUUGCCUUUCCAAAUAUGUCUGUGUAUGGUGCAGUGGCCAGUUGCGUGUGUCUUAUUCAGUCCAAUAAAGUGGAGGAGAGUAGCCUAGAGAUACUACAGAGAAAGUAUGGGAAGCGGAGUAUUCAAUUUGCUCGUGAUCUUUGUGCUGUUCUUUUGAAUGGUGGGGAAACUGCAUCCGUGUCAUGA